AACAAGAUUUCAUUCACCACCGUUCGUAUCCCUGUACCUGUUGCCAUCAGUGGAUUCCCACUCAUAGCAACCACUCUGCAGUUAGAUGAAACUGUGUAAGACAGAAGUCAGAAGCAAAGCACCAAGAGCAAGUUCUGAUUUUAGACAGACUAAGCUAGUACUUCCUUUCCUACCCCUCACCCCCUGAAAGUUGUAAGCAAAGAUGCCCAGUACACGGUUUGCCCAUUACUUAGUAUUGGGACAAAUUUUUUCUUCUGACAUACUCUUUGAAAAACAUGUUUUUACCAGUCAGGUUUUCAAAUAUUUGUAGUACCCAAAACCCUGGUGUCUCAGUGGUUAAGAGCUACAGCUGGUAACCAAAAGGUCAGCAGUUUGAAUCCACCAGGCGCUCCUUGGAAACUCUGUGGGGCAGUUCUAUUCUGUACUAUAGGGUCGCUAUAAGUCGGAAUCGACUUGGCAACAAUGCGUUUUCUUUUUUACAUCUGCUUGGAGUCAAUUAGGGUUAAACUUAUGCAUUUGCACAUCCACCCCUUGGGUCUUUUAAUUUAAUGCUUAUAGCCACACACAGUUUGAUGCUUAGCAGGUAUUCUGUAAUCCUGAAGUGCUAACAGGGGUGCCUUCUGUUGCUGUUAGUUCUUUGAGCCUGAGGUCUAAGCUUGGCAGGAAUUAGGCUGGCGUUGUGUCAGUGAACAUGAAGAUUUACGUCUAGGCUGCACCUUAGCACUCUGACUGUGCCUGAGGCAUGAUUGUCCAGGCACAGCUCCCCAGCUUCUCACUGCAUUGGUAUCAGUUCAUAUCAGCACGUGGAGAUCCUGUGACUCUGCCAAGCCUGUUUGUUUGUUUUCAAAGAUGCAAACUUUAUUUAUUUAUUCAGCAGUCAUUUUAGCAUUUUUUUAUUUUUAAGAUGCAACAUUUAUUGAUUUUAGCAUUCUCUGCGGAGCAUUCUUCACCAGCAUGAGAAGCACCAAGCUAAGUGGUCUGGGGCAAUAAAGAUAAACUGAGGCUAGGCCUGCCCGCCCUACCACCCCUACCCCAACAGAAGCUUAAACUCAUGUAUACAGAUUCUGCAAUUAAGGUAUAAUGGAAAUUAAUAAGAAGGAGAGAGUGCUCACAUCUUUGGGAUCAGGCAAGACCUUAGGAGGAGGUAGUAGUUGACUGGAGACUUGAAGAAUGGGUAAUUUGGAGAGCUGAAGAACGUGCUAGGCAGAAGAGUUGUGAUACAGACAAGUAGGCCCUGUUGGCUUUGAGCAUAACCAGCCAGCCAACCAACCAACCCUGCUGUCAAGUCAAUUCCAACUCAUAGCCACCCUAUAGGACAGAGUAGAACUGCCCCAUAGUGUUUCCAAGGAGUGGCUGGUGUAUUCAAACUGCUGACCUUUUGGUUAGCAGCUGUAGCUCUUAACCACUGUGCCACCAGGGCUUUGAGCGUAAAGGAUGUAAAAUCAGAGCUAUAAGGGGAUAGGUAAGUGAGUUGUAGAUGAUGCGUGUUUUUGGGUAAUAGGCUAAGGAGUUUGGAUUUUAGUUGCUUUAAAUUAAUAUUUUAUAAAAAAAGAAAAAGCAAGACAAAGCUAUCUGAUGAUUUUAUAAGCUUUUUCAUUGUGAUGACUUGUUUUCUGCGUGUUGUUGGUAGGUGCCAUCGAGUCGGUUUGACUCAUGGCGUCCUGCUCUAUCCUCACAGUUGUUGCUAUGCUUGAGCCUAUUGUUGCAGCCAGUGUGUCAAUCUGUCUCACUGAGGGUCUUCCUCUCUUUCACUGACCGUCUACUUUACCAAGGAUGAUGUCCUUCUCCAGGGACUGGUCCCUCCUGAAAACAUGUCCGAAGUACAUGAGACGAAAUCUCGCCAUCUUCACUUCUGAGGAGCACUCUGGCUGUACUUCUUCCACUGGCAUGCCUGGCCUAGUGUGCAGCAAAGGAGGAAGAAUGAACAAUAAGCAGAAGUCAGCUGAAGUUCAUGUGUCGUUAUAUCCGCUCUUGCUUUUUUCCCGUCUCUCAGAAGUGUACCAUUGGGGGAAUUUUCUUUCUACCCAGUUAGACCAUUUUGCCUCCAGGAAAGUUGGAAUGCCAGGAUGCCUUGGAAACAGCGGCCCGAGCCGAGGGUCUUUCUCUGGAUGUCUCUGUGCAUUCUCAGCUGAGAAUCUUGGAUGAGGAACACCCCAAGGGAAAGUACCAUCAUGGCUUAAGUACGCUGAAGCCCAUCCGGACCACCUCCAAGCAUCAGCACCCAGUGGACAAUGCUGGGCUCUUCUCCUGUAUGACUUUCUCUUGGCUAACUCCUCUGGCCCGCAUAGCCUACAAGAAGGGGGAGCUCUUAAUGGAGGACGUGUGGCCUCUGUCCAAGCAUGAGUCUUCCGAUGUGAACUACAGAAGACUAGAGAGACUGUGGCAAGAAGAACUGAAUGAAGUUGGGCCAGACGCUGCUUCCCUCCGGAGGGUUGUGUGGAACUUCUGUCGAACCAGGCUGAUCCUGUCCAUCGUGUGCCUGAUGAUCACGCAGCUGGCUGGCUUCAGUGGACCAGCCUUCGUGGUGAAACACCUCUUGGAGUACACCCAGGCAACAGAAUCUAACCUGCGGUACAGCUUGCUGUUAGUCCUGGGCCUCUUUCUGACAGAAAUUGUGCGGUCUUGGUCGCUUGCUCUGACCUGGGCGUUGAAUUACCGAACUGGUGUCCGUUUGCGGGGGGCCAUCCUAACCAUGGCAUUUAAGAAGAUCCUUAAGUUAAAGAACAUUAAAGAGAAGUCUGUGGGAGAGCUCAUCAACAUUUGCUCCAACGAUGGGCAGAGGAUGUUUGAAGCAGCCGCUGUUGGCAGCUUGCUGGCUGGAGGACCUGUUGUUGCCAUCUUAGGCAUGAUUUAUAAUGUAAUUAUUCUGGGACCAACAGGCUUCCUGGGAUCAGCUGUUUUUAUCCUCUUUUAUCCAGCAAUGAUGUUUGCAUCACGGCUCACUGCAUAUUUCAGGAGAAAAUGCGUGGCCGCCACAGAUGAUCGUGUCCAGAAGAUGAAUGAAGUCCUCACCUACAUUAAGUUUAUUAAAAUGUAUGCCUGGGUCAAAGCAUUUUCUCAGAGCGUUCAAAAAAUCCGGGAGGAGGAGCGUCGGAUACUGGAAAAGGCUGGGUACUUUCAGAGCAUCACUGUUGGUGUGGCUCCCAUAGUGGUGGUGAUCGCCAGUGUGGUGACCUUCUCAGUCCACAUGACCCUUGGCUUCGAUCUGACGGCAGCACAGGCUUUCACAGUGGUGACUGUCUUCAAUUCCAUGACUUUUGCUUUGAAAGUGACACCGUUCUCAGUAAAAUCCCUCUCGGAAGCAUCUAUUGCUAUUGAUAGAUUUAAGAGUUUGUUUCUAAUGGAAGAGGUUCACAUGAUAAAGAAAAAACCAGCCAGCCCUCACAUCAAGAUAGAGAUGAAAAAUGCCACCUUGGCAUGGGACUCCUCCCACUCCAGUAUCCUCAACUCGCCCAAGCUGACCCCCAAAGUGAAAAAAGACAAGAGGGCCGCCAGGGCCAAGAAAGAGAAGGUGAGGCAGCUGCAGCGCAUCGAACACCAGGCAGUGCUGGCGGAGCAGAAGGGCCACCUCCUGCUGGAUAGUGAGGAACGGCCGAGUCCUGAGGAGGAAGAGGGCAGGCACAUCCACCUGGGCUACCUCCGCUUACAGAGGACUCUGUACAACAUCGACCUGGACGUCGAAGAGGGUAAACUGGUUGGAAUCUGUGGCAGUGUGGGAAGUGGAAAAACCUCUCUCAUUUCAGCCAUUUUAGGCCAGAUGACACUUCUAGAGGGCAGCAUUGCAGUCAGUGGAACCUUCGCUUAUGUGGCCCAGCAGGCCUGGAUCCUCAAUGCCACUCUGAGAGACAACAUCCUCUUUGGGAAGGAAUUUGAUGAAGAAAGAUACAACGCUGUGCUGAACAGCUGCUGCCUGAGGCCUGACCUGGCCAUUCUUCCCAACAGCGACCUGACCGAGAUUGGUGAGCGAGGAGCCAACCUGAGUGGUGGGCAGCGCCAAAGAAUCAGCCUUGCCAGGGCCUUGUACAGCGACAGGAACAUCUACAUCCUGGAUGACCCCCUCAGUGCCUUAGAUGCCCACGUGGGCAACCACAUCUUCAACAGUGCUAUCCGGAAGCACCUCAAGUCCAAGACGGUUCUGUUUGUUACCCACCAAUUACAGUACCUGGUGGAUUGCGAUAAAGUGAUCUUCAUGAAGGAGGGCUGUAUUACAGAAAGAGGCACCCAUGAUGAACUGAUGAAUUUAAAUGGUGACUAUGCUACCAUUUUUAAUAACCUGUUGCUGGGAGAGACACCCCCGGUUGAGAUUAACUCAAAAAAGGAAACUAGUGGUUCACAGAAGAAAUCACAAGAAAAGGGUCCUAAAGCAGGAUCAGUAAAGAAGGAGAAAGCAGUGAAGCCAGAGGAAGGGCAGCUGGUACAAGUGGAAGAGAAGGGGCAGGGCUCCGUGCCCUGGUCAGUGUAUGGUGUCUACAUCCAGGCCGCUGGGGGCCCCUUGGCGUUCCUGGUCAUUAUGGCCCUUUUCAUGCUGAAUGUGGGCAGCACUGCCUUCAGCACCUGGUGGUUGAGUUACUGGAUCAAGCAAGGAAGUGGGAACACCACAGUGACCCGAGGGAACAGGACUGUGGUGAGUGACAGCAUGAAGGACAACCCCUCCAUGCAGUACUACGCCAGCAUCUACGCCCUGUCCAUGGCCGUCAUCCUCUUCCUGAAAGCUGUCCGAGGAGUCGUCUUUGUCAAGGGGACCCUGCGAGCCUCAUCCCGGCUUCACGACGAGCUGUUUCGAAGGAUUCUUCGAAGCCCCAUGAAGUUCUUCGACACUACCCCCACGGGGAGGAUUCUCAACAGGUUUUCCAAAGACAUGGAUGAAGUUGAUGUACGCCUGCCAUUCCAGGCUGAGAUGUUCAUCCAAAACGUCAUCCUGGUGUUCUUCUGUCUUGGGAUGAUCGCAGGUGUUUUUCCUUGGUUCCUUGUGGCAGUGGGGCCCCUCGUCAUCCUCUUCGCCAUUCUCCACGUUGUCUCCAGGGUUUUAAUUCGAGAACUGAAGCGUCUGGACAAUAUCACACAGUCACCUUUCCUGUCCCACAUCACAUCCAGCAUUCAGGGCCUGGCCACCAUCCAUGCCUACGACAAAGGGCAGGAAUUUCUGCACAGGUACCAGGAGCUACUGGAUAACAACCAAGCCCCUUUCUUCUUGUUCACGUGUGCCAUGAGGUGGCUGGCUGUGCGGCUGGACCUGAUCAGCAUUGCCCUGAUCACCACCACUGGGCUGAUGAUUGUCCUCAUGCACGGACAGAUCCCCCCGGCCUACGCGGGGCUCGCCAUCUCUUACGCUGUCCAGUUAACGGGGUUGUUCCAGUUCACUGUUAGACUGGCAUCUGAGACAGAAGCUCGAUUCACUUCGGUGGAGAGGAUCAACCACUACAUUAAGACUCUCUCCUUGGAAGCACCUGCCAGAAUCAAGAACAAGGCUCCCUCUCCUGACUGGCCCCAGCAAGGAGAGGUGACCUUCGAGAAUGCAGAGAUGAGAUACCGAGAAAAUCUCCCUCUGGUCCUGAAGAAAGUGUCCUUCACCAUCAAACCUAAGGAGAAGAUAGGCAUCGUGGGGCGGACGGGAUCCGGGAAGUCCUCUCUGGGGAUGGCCCUCUUCCGCCUGGUGGAGCUGUCUGGAGGCUGCAUCAGAAUCGAUGGAGUACGAAUCAGCGACAUUGGCCUUGCUGACCUACGAAGCAAGCUCUCCAUUAUCCCUCAGGAGCCGGUGCUGUUCAGUGGCACUGUCAGAUCAAACCUGGAUCCCUUCAACCAGUACACAGAGGACCAGAUUUGGGAUGCCUUAGAAAGGACACACAUGAAGGAAUGUAUUGUUCAGCUACCUCUGAAACUCGAAUCUGAAGUGAUGGAGAACGGGGAUAACUUCUCUGUGGGGGAACGGCAGCUGUUGUGCGUCGCGAGGGCCUUGCUGCGGCACUGUAAGAUACUGAUUCUAGAUGAGGCCACAGCGGCCAUGGACACAGAGACAGACUUACUGAUUCAGGAGACCAUCCGAGAGGCAUUUGCAGAUUGUACCAUGCUGACAAUUGCUCACCGCCUGCACACGGUGCUCGGCUCUGACAGGAUCAUGGUGCUGGCCCAGGGACAGGUAGUGGAGUUUGACACCCCAUCGGUCCUUCUGUCCAACGACAGCUCCCGGUUCUAUGCCAUGUUCGCGGCUGCAGAGAACAAGGUUGCCGUAAAGGGCUAAGUUGUCCCCCACGAUGGUCUUCUUUCUCUGGAGCAUCGCCAUUCCCUGCCUGGGGCGGGCCCCUCACCUCCUCCUGCGGAAACCUGGCCUUUCCCGAGCCUAUCUUUCGCACGGCAGUUCAGGAUUGGCUUGUGUGUUUCGCUUUUAGGAAGAGUCCUAUUUUGAUUAUUGUAUUUAUUCCAUAUUCAUGUAGACGGAAUUUAGUUUUUGUUCUUAAUUGCACUCUAAACGGUUCAGGGAACCAUUAUUAUAAAUGUAUCAGAGGCCUCUAAUGAAGCUUUAUACGUGUAGCUGUAUCUAUAUAUAAGUCUGUACAUAGGCUGUAUUUACAGUGAAAAAUGUCAGCCGUUUAUUUUAUAUUAAAAUGGGCACUGUGCUGAUAGCAGUGCAUAUUCCUUUUAUCAUCGUUGUACAGUUUGCUGUACCGGAGAUCUGGUUUUGCUAUUAGACCAUAGGGAGGGUAGCAUUUGUUCUUCUCUAGGUGGUGGUUUUCACGGUGCCAGGUGGGUGCUCUGGGUGUCCAAAAGGAAGGUGUGUGGCCCUAGCUGGCCCCUCAGCAGCCCCCUCUGCUGCCUCCUCACAGCCCCUCUGGGGCCGGGGCCAGCAAAGACCAUGCAGAGCACCAUGAAUUCUCAGGGCCCCUGCCUUCUGUCCUGGGCCACUUCACUGUUUGCCAGGAGAGCAGCGGGGCGAGGCCGCAGACCCCUCCUCUCUCCCUCCGUCGGGAAUGAGAAGCACAAAAACAUUCCUGGGAGACGGAGUUCCCUCCCUGCCUUCCUCUUCUUGCUAUCGUUUCUGAACAAGAAUCAGUGUGUCCACAGUGUCCCACUGCCUCAGGUCCUCACGCUGGCCACUGCACAGAGCUCUCCGGCUCCUAGACCUUGGGCUCCAAAGCCUGGAGCCAGCCGCUGCUUUUGUCGGUGGUACUUCUUCAUUUGCCUGCGCCCACCCCUCCAUAGUCCAGGACAGGGCUCAGGACUUUGUGGGUCUGUCUGUCCUUCUCACUGCGGUGUCGUACAGUCUGUCUCUCUCUCUCCCCAAAGUCUGUGGCUUCAAGUAGCCCUUGCUGAUCAGUGUCUCACACUGGUGUGGAAGUUUUUACUGUAAAGAGACCUACCUCAGGUUACUGAUUGCCGUGUGGUUCCCUGUGUUCCCGCAACCCUGCUCGUGCUGUGGGGCCAGUAGCUGAGGUGGGCGUGGUUGCUGCUGUCAUCAGUCCAGUGGUCAGUGUUGCAUGUGGUGACCAACUAGACAUUUUGUCGCCUUAGCAUGUUUGCUAAACACCUUGUAGAAGUGAAAAUCUGAAGAAGUGAAUAAAAUUAUUUUGGAUUUUGUAAAACUCUCGGUGUGUAAGAUAGUUCUCUGGGAGGGGAGCCACGUGUCUGAAUGGCUGGGGAAGACCCAAGCCUUGGAUUUGAACAUCCAACAACGGCAUUCCAGCUGUGAGGAGCAGCAGCAGAGCUGGGUGGUGGCAAGGAGCACGGGGCCCAGAAUGCCUUGGAACGUCAUGUUGGGCCUUAGUGCCCACGGCCUGUGUUCCAGGCAUGGCCACCAGGAGAGGUCUUGUGCUACAUCAGAGUGGGAGUGGGAAAGGGGGGUGGCUGCAGCGAGGUGGGUGGUCGUGGUGAAAUAUAUUUAAAACGAAUAGUUUGUUAAGGGUUCUUAGCAAUUCAAACAAUAUAACUAUCCUUUCUGGUGCAGAUGAUUAAGUGCUCAGCUAUUACUGAAAGGCUGGCAUUUGAAUUCACCCAGAGGCGCCUCAGAAGAAAGGAUUGGCAAUCUACUUCCUAAAGAGCACAGCCAUUGAAAACCCUGUGGAACAGUUCUACCCUGAAACACAUGGGGUCAGACUGACAAGAGCAACUCGGAAGGUUAGAUAGGAAACUUAGGAGGCAGUGAGUUUACACUGAUGGAGGAGGAACAGUUUGGAAAAGGAGGGUGAGAAUGAUUGUAACAACUUGAAGAAUGUCAUCAACAUAAUUACUCAGAUUAACCCAUUGAAAACUAAGUACCCGUUCAAAAAGAUCUUCAUUCUAAAGUUUCUUACCUAUUCAAAAAGAUCUGCAUUCUAAAAUUUCUGAAUAUAUUGUGUUGCAUGUAGCCAGGAAAGCUUUUAAAUUUUGAUAUCGGCUCUACUGACCAGCAGCGGAAAUCGCCUUUUAAGCCCAGCCUUUUUGUAAACUGCUGUCUUGAAAAUUCAGAAGACUUCUCUCUGAAGUGAAAAAUUCAGUUCCUCAAAUGUUGAUUUCAACUGCUCAGUGAGCACACGUGGCCUGUGGCUACUGUAUUGGACAGCACAGAUGCAGAACGUUACCACCAUUAAAGGAACCUCUGCUGGCCAGCACCGAUCCAAAACAAAGAAUGCCUUUUACUGAUGCACUGGGUCCACCUGCCAAGAAGGGUACCAAGGUCAUAGGAGGAGCUGCUUCUCAGUCUAACUGUUCAAGCUCUAUUGCAGGUGACACCAAUGUCCCCUUUUUUCAGUUCUGUUUUCUCAUAUCUGUUGGCCCCUCUCUUAGUUAUCUAGCGCUGCAAUAACAAAUACCACAAGUGGAUGGCUUUAACAACAACAAAAAAAUUUAUCCUCUCACAGUCCACAAGGCUAGAAGUCUAAAUUCAGGGUGCCAGCUCCAGAGAAAGGCUCUCUUUCUGUGUUAGCUCUGGGGGAAAGUUCCUGUCAUCAGUCUUCCUCUGGUCUAGAGUUUCUCAGCGCAGGAACCCUGGGUCCAAAGGACGUGCUCUGCUCCUGGCUCUUCUUGCUUGGUGGUAAUAAGGUCCCUCUCCUCUCUGCUGGCUUCUCUCUUUUAUAUCUCAAAAGAGAUUGACUCAAGAUACAACAUAAUCCUAUAGUUUGAGUCCUACCUCAUUAACAUAACUGCCUCUAAUCCUGCCUCAUUAACAUCAUAGAGGUUAGGGUUUACAACACAUAGGAUAAUUACAUUAGAUCACAAAAUGGAGGAUAACCACACAAUACCAGGAAUCAUAGCCUAGCCAAGUUGACACGUAUUUUGGGUGGGACAUAAUUCAACCCAUGAUAUUCCCCCUACCACCUCUCUCAACCUGCCUUGCCCCCUUAAAAGAAAAUGUUUCCCUCCCUUUUCUCUCCCUGAUUGGGUCUUUCACUCCCACCUGCACAGCGACAAUGUGGGCUGGGCCUCUCAGCACCAGCCCCCACCUGAUGCAAACAUUGGGCAUCUUCUAGGUGCCUCGAACAUGGCCUCGAAAAUCAACCUCUGCUCCUUGUCUUCGUUGACAGUGACACUGACCUCCUAGUCUUACAGGCUAGAACGUUGAAUUCAUCUGCCCCUCCCCACAAAUUCAAUGCAUCACCGUCCUCCGUACUCUGCCUUCUCUCUCCUCUGCCCUCUUUCAGGCCCACUUCCUUCUUUUUGAUACUGUAGUUACAGCCUCUUAACCUGCCUUCCCGCCUCAUUGUUCAUCUCUGAUCCAUUGUACAUAGUUCUGCAAAAUGCAGAGCAAAAAUGCAAGUUGAGUCAAGUACUUCACCCUCCAAAAGUCUUUAGGACACAGUUGCAUUUAGAUAGUCUGUAUUCCUUAGCUUCUUUGCUAUGCAAUAUUCUAAAAACGGACCAUGUAUUUUCACAGCUUGGAAUUCUUUGACUCUUGUCAAACAAAGCCGCGCUUUUUCUGGGUUCCUGCAAUGCUUUGGUUACACCUCUAGUUUAAUGUUUAUUUCCUUUGGCUUUGUGUAUGACAGUUAUUUUCCUGUUUCUCACCAUGAAGAUAACCUUCCUGAAGGCAGUAAACCACCUAAAUUUUGUAUAUCGCAUAAUCCCCGGCAUAAGUAUUAGGCUCAACACAUAAGGUGCUUAGUAAGUAUCACACUAUUCAGCUGACUCUUGAAUAAAACCCAAGCCCAUUGCUGUGAAGUUGAUUCCAGGUCACAGCAACCCUAUAGGACAGAGUAGAAGCUUCCAAGGAGCGGCUGGUGGAUUAGAACUGCAGACCUUUUGGUUAGCAGCUGAACACUUAACCACUGCACCACCAGGGCUCCCAACUUGAAUAGUGCCUUAUAAAUAGAUGUUCAGUGAAUAUUUGUUAAUAUAAAUCAAUGUUGUAAACUUUCAUGAUGGCCCAUGGCAAAAAGGAGUUUGGUUGCUUUAAAGAAACACAAAAAAAGUGGCAUUGAGGAAAAAAGCCCUUUGCAUGGAGUGACUUCAGGAAAGCCAGAAUGAGGGUGCCAGGUAUUUGGGGAGCAGCUUAGUGAUGUGACAGCUUCUUUCCUGUCCCUUUUCUGUCUGAUCACCUAGAAACAGUGCAUAGCAUUGAAAGUAAUUAAGCCACUAAAAGGCUCAACUAACUGGAACAAUAUAUAUAUAUUUUUUAGUUUAUUUUUGUUGUCACCAUUGAAUAUAUAUACACAGCAGAACCUACACCAACUAAUUCAACAGCUUCUACACGUAAAAUUCAGGGACAUUGAUUACAUUCUUCAAGUUGUGCAACCAUUCUCAUUCUCCUUUUCCUGAUUGUUCUUCCCCCACUAACAUACACUCACUGCCCCCAUCUUCCUGUCUAACCUUUGAAGUUGCUGUUGUCAGUUUGAUCCCAUAGAGAUGGUUCUUUUAAAAAGCACAAUGCUCAAGGCAGACAUUCUUUACUAAUUAAGCUAAAUUGUUUUAAAGAUGACUUCAGGGAAUAUUUUGGGUUUGAGGUUUAAAGAUUACCUCAGGGCAAUAAUUUCGAGUUUCAUCUAGCCUCAAUGGCUCCAGAAAGUCUGGAUUCUGUGAGAAUUUGGAAUUCUGUGGAACCAUAAUCUUACACUGAUGGCUAUCUGUACUGUUGCAUACCAUAUUCCUGUCUUUUUUUUUUUUUUAAUUGUGCUUUAGGUGAAAGUUUACAGAGCAAAUUAGUUUCUCAUUAAACAGUCAAUACACAAAUUGUUUUGUGACAAGGGUUGCCAACCCCAUGACAUGUCAACACCCUCCCGUUGUCGACCUUGGGUUCCCCAUUACCAGCUUUCCUGUCUGCUCCUGCCUUCUCUUUCUUGCUCCUGGGCUGGUGUGCCUGUUCAGUCUCAUAUACAUGGUUGAGCUAUGUGUAUUAUCGUAUGUUUUAUGGGCCUGUCUAAUCUUUGGCUGAAGGGUGAGCCUCGGGAGUGACUUCAGCACUGAGUUAAAAGGGUGUCUGGGGGUCAUACUCUCAGGGUUUCUCCAGUCUCUGUCAGAGCAGCAAGCCUGGUACCACAUUUCUUUUAAUAACUUUUUUCUGAUGAUAAAAGUAAUGUAUGCUUAUGUACAAAUUUUGGAAAAUGCAGAAAAGUGCAAAUAAACCAAAACUGCCUGUACCCCUGCUGUGGCGGAGCAUAUUUUCCAAAGAUGGCUGAAACUCUGUCUUCCAUCUCACAUGCUCUUCUGCAUUAUGACCUUGCCACUGUCCCAUCAAAACGUGGAGUCUAUUUCUAUACCACACCCCUUAAGUCUGGGUGGGCCCUGUGACUACUUUGACCAAUAGAAUAUGGUGGAAGUGAUACUUGGCAGUUCUAUGCAAAGCCUUUAUGUGGCCUGGCAGCUCACACUUUCUGCCUCUUGGAAGCCAGCACCAUGUACGAAUGCAAGUAUCCUGAGAACACCAUACUGUGAGACAUACAAAGCACAUGGGGAGACCCUGGAAUAUGACGUAACAUGGAGAUAGGGUAUGGCUAAAGAGUACCAGGGCAUCAAACAUAGGAGUGAAGAAGCCAUUUUGGAAGUAGAACCUCCAGCCAUCCCAGCUGAUGCCACAUAGAUCAGAGAUGAACCACCCAGCGGAGCCCUUCCUAAAUCUCUGAACAAAAUAAAAGAUUCAGGCACUAUAUUUUGAAUACAUCUUUGGAGUCCCUGGGUGGUGCAAAUGGAACAUAACAGGCUGCAAACUGAAAGGUUGGCAGUUCAAAUCCACCCAGGGGGCCUCGGAAGAAAGGCCUGGUGGUCUACUCCUGAAAAAUCAGCCACUGAAAACCUUACGGAGCACAGUUCUACUCCGACACACAGGGGUCACCAUGAGUGGGAGUCAGCUCAGUGGCAGCUGGUACACAGAACCACUGAAACACACAUUAGCUACGAAGAGCCAGUGUUAUAUCACUGUAUUUUUAUAGCCUUUCUUAAGCAUAUGUAUUUUGCUUUGCAUUGUAUGUUUUCAUUAUUAAAGUUAACACUUCCUUGUAGGGACUCAUUUAUUUGUUUCAUUCAGCAACUAUUUAUUGAAUAUCUAGUGUGUGACUGGCCCUGUGCGGUGAACUGACAGGUUGGAGGUUCCAGUCCACCAGAGGCACCUCAGAAGAAGGGCCUGGCAAUCUACUCCCAAUAAACCAGCCAUUGAAAACCUUAUGGAGCACAGUUCUACUCUGACACACAUGGGGUCACCAUGUGUCAGGGUUGACUCGAUGGCAACUGGUUUAUUGGUUGGUUCUAGCAACUGAUAUUACAGUAGUGAAUAGAAGAGCGAAACAUCGCUGUCCUCACGAAGCUUACGGUCUAGUGGGAGAACAGGCAAUAUGCAAGACACGUUGUAAGAUACACAGUAUGUUAGAUUGUGAGAAGUGCCAGGAGGAAAAAAAAAAGCAGAGAAGAGGGUAUGAGAUGUCGGGGGCUAGAGGCUGAAAUUUUAGCAGCUGGCCAGGGAAAGCCUCAUUGAGAACAUGAUUUUUGAUGUACUAUUUAUAUGAACAAUCCACUUUUUUUUUUUUUUAACAAUCCAGUCUUGAUGGAUGUUUAAGUUGUUUCUGUUUUUCUUUUUUGCACGUUGUCAUUACAUUUAAUUUUUUUUUAAGGCACUUUCCUCAUCACCCACAUUUCUGUGCUCUUCCCAGCUCUUAGUACUGUAUGUCCAAGUAGAUAAAGUAGGCUGACUGCUUUAACAAACAGCCCCAACCUCCCUUUCUGCAGUUUAUCACAAUAACCCCCUUCUAUCACAGCAAGAGCCCUGGUGGUGCUGUGGUUAAGAGCUAUGGCUGCUAACCAAAAGGUCAGCAGUUUGAAUCCACCAGCUGCUCCUUGGAAACCCUAUGGGGCAGUUCUGCCCUGUCCCAUAGAGUCACUAUGAGUCGAUUCU